AUGGCCCUCAAACCAAUCAUCCUCUACGGCAAACCGCCCGGCCCUAACCCCUUCAAAGUCGACGUCCUGCUCAAAGAGCUCGGUCUCCCCUACGAGACCUCGCCACUGACCUUGGCCCAGGUGAAAAGCCCCGAGUACACCGCCAUAAACCCCAAUGGCCGCUACCCAGCCAUCUACGACCCCAACACGGGCAUCACGCUGUGGGAAUCCGGCGCCAUCGUCGAAUACCUCGUCGAGACAUACGACGCGCAAGAGCACCGCCUCAGCUUCCCAGCUGGGUCUGCCGAGGCAUACCAUGCGAAGCAAUGGCUGUACUUCCAGGCCACGGGCCAGGGCCCUUACUAUGGCCAAUUUGCAUGGUUCACGAAAUUCCACCACGAGAAGUUACCCAGUGCGCUGGAGCGGUACGCCAAGGAGAUAAACCGGGUGUCCGGGGUGUUGGACGCGUGGCUGGAGAAGCAGCAGAAACAGGAGUAUUCUUCCGAGUCCGAGUCCGGUGGGCCAUGGUUGGUCGGCGGCAAGUUGUCGUAUGCGGAUUUGGCGUUUGUCCCGUGGCAGAGGAUGGCGGGUAUGUUUGCGAGUCAGGAGCAGUAUGAUGUGAAUCAAUUUCCGUAUGUGAAGGCGUGGAUGGAGAAGAUGUUGGCGAGGGAGUCGGUCAGGGAGACGAUUGCGAAUAAUCCGCCUCCUGGUCGUUGA